AUGGUUGUGAACGCGCGGUCCUUGAACAUCGACUCGGACGACCUGGCUGACAGAGAUCUCGAUGAACAUGUGGAAGUCCUACAAGGUUUGUUAGAGCCCUUGGUGCAAAGGCAGCUCGAGACUUGGCAUCAGAACUACCACCAGCAGUUCCAGGAGAAAGUGCUGCUGGCGCUCUCUCAGAUCCAAUCCCGGCACAGCUGCACUGCGCAGUCCGUUGCGAAUACAGAUGAUGACUUGCCGCUUCAGGCCAGCAUCGAGCUUUGCCGAAGUCGCUCUCUCAUUGCUGCUGCACGUCGCACGCCUGCACAGUCUGCAUCGCAUCCUCCAUCCUCGGCAGCGACGAUGCCCCCUCGUCGGAGAGCAGAGAGUGAGGACCAGGUAGAAAAACGGAGCUCCAUCGCUUCGCUGUCGCAGCCUGCACUUGCAGGAAGGACGCGCAGCAGGAACAGUGCAACACGACUUCUGCCAGACGGCGGAGUCCGGGAGCAGAUAUCGCGCUCGAGUGCGGCUUCGGGGAGAUCUCGUUCUCCGACUUCCCUGCCCCCAGAGCUACCUGGAGCGGCCCAGGACGCUGUGCAGGCAGGGCCAAGCGAUCGCAGCGUGGACGGCCGCCGAAAGUCUCGAAUCCCCACAGACAGGAUGUCCAACAUGCAGGCCAUCGACAGGCUGUCACAUGUUUGUAUCCUCAACACACAGUCCGUCAACCAUGUGGAGGCAGAGGCACUCGAGGACGAACUCGGUUGCCGGCUGAUCCUCGCCAUGGGUCGAGUCGCUUAUGUUUUCCUGGGCCUCACGGCUUGCUGCGGAACCAUACCGCUGAUCUACUUGCAGGCCAUGGGGUACAUGUGCAGUGCAAGCUUUGGCUUCGUGAUUGCCUCCAACUCCUUGUACAAUCUGUUGGCGAUUUCCUGCGGCUGGUGCCUGAGGCGAGCCCUGAAAUCGGAGGAUCUUCAACUUGCCUUCCGCAAGCUGUGUCGCUUCGUCAACGAUAUCGAGUUGGACUGGCAGUGGAAACUCCUAUCGUCGAAAGAACGUUGGCGGUAUUUUUCAGCUUGGCUGCUGCUUCUCGUAUGCGGCGUGGCCACAUGCGGCCUCGAUGUCUGGAUCGUCUUGGGCACUUGUGAUGGGGCCGGUGAGAGUCCUAUCCACAGCGAGGUAGUUGUGGUUGUGGCCGUGUGCACCUUCAUCAGCUUCACCAUGGCUUCCGGAAUGGUAAUGCUUCUGGCAUACGUACAAUCCAACCUGCUGCUUGGACUGGAUCAAAUCCUGGACUGUUGGGUGGGCGACAUCGUCAACACCGCAGAUUUCAUCCCUGGGGUCCGGAGUUGGAAUUCCAUCCAGGCGUUGCUCAAAAGCGCCAGCCGGGAGCUGGCGACGAGCUUCGUGAGUCUGCAGGUCUGCGGAUCCCUUGGUCUGAUGAUUUGGCUGACCGGGAGCCUUACGUUCCUUUGGCGAAGCCAGCCAGCAGCCCUGCCCCUGGCAGUGGAGGUUGCGUCUUCCCUCCCCCUCACCUUCCUCUUCCUGGUGGCAACGCGGCUCUGCGCGCACGGCGCAGCGUUGACGGAGAAGUGCCGAAACAUGCCGGCCCUUGUGAAUCAGAUCCCGGGGCCUUCCGGGAGCAUCGAUGUGAAUCGGCAGUAUCUCGUCCGGUUCAUCACCGACAGUGCAGCAGGCUUCAUCGUGAAAGGUGUGACCCUGACACAAUCGAUUUUCCUCCGCCAGGUCUACUUUUUAGGCACCCUCUUCUCGGGGCUGCUCGGGGUCCUGAUCCGGAUCUACCUUUAA